AUGAAGACCAAGGAGGAAGCUGUCCGAGGAAGACCCGUGUCUGGAAGGUCAUGGAAGAAAGUAGAGACCUCGCGGAAAUCGUCAAUGAUUGACAAUAAGAUGCUCAAGCCUGGUUGGGCAAAGCAACAGGAACUCAGAAAAGAACGUCAGAUCGUCAAGACUAUGGAAUCGGAAAUAAAGGCUCGGAAAACUGCAGAAAAGGAAGCUCUAAAGGUUCAAAGAGCUGCUAAUAUCAAACGAAAGGAGGAAAACAAUCGAAGGGCUGAGAUACUAGUGCAAGUAUCAGCUUCCAAGAUAAAGCAUCUCAGUAAGAAGAAGCUUCGAGGCAUCAGAAAGGUGUCUGCUGCUUCUAUUGCCAAGAAGUAG